AUGCUCGACAACGACGCAGGUGCCCCCGUCGGAUCCACUCCGCCAGUAGCGACUCUGACGUCCGUGUUCGUGACCACAGUCUCGCAGACCAUCACCGUAGUUGAUCCGGGGCAACUUACGCAGACCAACACGGUGACGGUGACGUCGUUUGCUGGCAGUCGGAACCGACGACGGCAAGUUGACGGGCAUACAGCGCCAGACUCCUCGCUACCGCCGAGAGCUACAACAACAUCGACAGUCUUCACGACCCAGACAACGACAGUGGAUGUGACUAUCACCGUCUCCGCUCCGCCUAUUCUUACCACCACAAUCACAAACACGAUUACUGACACCACCUUUGUUACAAUCACGAUUGCGCCGAGCGCAACCACGACUGUUUUCAUCACGACGACCAUAUUUACAACCUCACCAACGGCAAGCACAAAGCCGACGGCGUCUCUCACCUUUGCCACCUCUGCAUCUUCGCCGGUGACAGCAUCACCUACACCCGAAACGACCACCAACACAACACCCCCAAACUCCGCUCCGUUCUCGACGUUCUCAACCUCCAACGGCGGAGCCAGUUUUCUGAGCAGCACCUUUCCGCCGCCGCAGUCGAUGAUGUCCGUGACAUCAGCAGCGAGCACGCCGGCGGGCACAUCCACGCCUCCCACGUCUCGGACGGCCAAUACACCGCCUACCUUUCUCUCCUCGUCGACUACGGCCAACGAGCAAACGACGACAACCGCCGGACCGCCAACCACCGUCACACCUUCCACGACGGCCACGGCGCCUCCGUUCCCCAUUGGUGGCAGCCCCUUUGGCCUCAACUCCAACCAGAUUGCGGGCAUCGUCCUGGGCGCCGUGGGCGUUGCGCUGCUGAUUGUCGCUGCUGUCGUUCUCGUGCGGAGACGAUGGAUGAAGCAACGGGCCCGUGGCCUGGCGGCCGCUGCGGGGCGGAACCAUUACGUCACACCACCCGGCGGCAGCGGGGAGGGACUCGGACGGUCUGCUUCCAUGUUUGUCGACAGCAGCGACAGUCACGACAGCAGCAACAACAGCGACGGCCCGCCACGACGGACGCCAACGCCGCCGAUGGGCGUCUCGGCGAGGGCAUCGUACGUCGGCCCGCGACGGAAGCGACCCGUGGAUGGUGCUGGCGGUCCGUCUGGCGACAUGCGGCAAAUCGGACCCGACAUUAUUGCCAACAAUUUGGACGACAACACGACUGGCCGACGGGGUGGCGUCGCCACCACCGCCACCGCCGCCGCCGAGGAAGCGUCGCCCACCGCCUCCAGCAGCCAGACGGGCUCCAACGAGGUCCGCAUCGUCAUCCAGCCGGCGCGCUCGUCGCGCAGUGCCAACGUCGGUGGCAGUGGCCGCGGCGGCUCCGGCUCCUCGCGCGGGCUCCAGCGGCAAUGGCCCAUGCCGCCGGGCCACCUCGGCCCGCCCGUCAGCAUGUUUAUGGAGGACACGGGCACGGCCACCAACACGAGGGCCAACACAGUCACAGACGACCACGACCACGACCACGACGGCGACGAGCCGGCCGCCUACGAUCCGACGGCCUGGAGCACGGCCAGCGAGUUUGGCGGCAGCGUGACGCCCGAGACGCAGCAGCGGUACUUGCAGUACCAGCGAUACCUGCGGCAGGAAGACGACCGCGAGCGACGGCAGCAGCAGCAACAGCAGCAGCAGCAGCAGCAACUGCGAGUACCUGGACUGGGGAUACAGCCGCCGCCUCAGCUGCCUUUGCCCAUUCCGCCGCAACCUGCGAGCGGUCUGAGCACACGUCGCGCAUCGGGCGUGCCGAGCUCGGCUGUUCUCGGCGCGGGCCAGCAGUGGACGGGGGCCUAUGGAUACUAUGGCGAGGACAGCCAUGACAAUGGCGGUGCGAGCAGCAGCCGCGGUCGGAGCGAGCGGAGUGCAGGAAGCAACAGGAGUGCCCGCAGCACCGAGAUCCUCCCGGCACGACCAUCCGACGAGGACGGCCGGCAAAACGACAGCGACGGUUCGAACAAUGCACAAACAGGCGCCGGCUCACGAAGAAACCGGUUCAACUUUGGCAGCAUCGGAUACGGCCGUGCUCUUUAA